UGCCCCCUGUGCUCGCCCCCACCCGGAAUCGAACCCGCAACUUAGGCAUGUGCCCUGACUUCGAAUUGAAUCCACCACCUUUUGGUUCACUAGACGAUGCUCUAACCAACUGAGCCACAUUGGCCAUGCUUACUGUAGACAAUUCAGAAAAUACAGGAAAUUUUUGUAAGAACAAUACCAAAAACACUCAUAAUCACAAUAUGAACACAUAACCAGACCUACAUUUUUAAUGUUUUUUCCCCCAAUCUUUUUUCCUAGGUAUUUACUAAAACUGUUCUACUUUUGUAAAGGAAUCAAAAGCUCUGUGAGGCUGCUGUGUCUAUCAGAAGGGAAUUUUUGUACCAUUUUUCUUCAGACCGAAUCUACCUAUUUGUCCUUGAGUUUUGUUACUCAAAAAAUAAAUGUCACUUACUUGAUUGAGGUGGUGCCAUGCAGCAAGAAGCAGUGAGAUGCAGAGUUCGAGCCAGAAGGCCUGACAUGCCACUUUAUGUGCCUAAAGCUCGAAGGGGUGUGGUACUCCUCAAGGCAGGGGAUGAGGGAAAGACCCAUGAUCCACCUAACGCUGUGGUAGAAGAACAAAAAGAAGAUUGUCUCUCCCAAAAGGAGAUCUUCAGAGAAAAAGCUAAGACUCAAAGACUAAAUAUUUGUCCUGAUAAAAAGGAGCACAAUCGUGGGGAAGGAAAGAAAUCUUCAACAAAAUUAAGAAAAGAUACAUACCUUCAAGAAAACAAUGAAGAUAGGGUUAGUACUAAGAGGGGAGUCACAGAAUCCAAAGAAAUACUAUCCCAAGGGCAUCAGCAAGGAAUCCCAAUUUCUGGGGUUAUACCUACUGUACCUUUACAAAGACAUUUUAAACCAAAGAAGGUGGAAUGUUUGGAGGUUGAAACCACAGAUGUGACAGGACACGAGAGGUUGCUUCUAUCUCAGUCUUGUUCAGAAACUGGUGAGACUCCAGUUAUAAACAAAUCAUUCCAAAAUGUGGAAUUCUGUGAUUUCAGUAGGCUUGCACUAAGUAGGGAAACAUUUGAAGACAGAGAUUUAGAAAGCAGAAUUGAAAUGGAUGCCAAGGUUGAAGAGCUACAAUAUCGGUUUUCUGGAGUUUUAAGUUCUGUUUUGAGACCUGAGAGUAUGAUUGCACCAGUAAAACUAAGCUCUGAUUCUGGAAUUGUGCAACAAGGCAUGCAAACAUCAGGUGGAAUGUUGAAGCUCAGCAGUGGAGGCAUUACCACUAUUCCUGUUCCUGGAAGUCCAGGUGGAGUCACUGAUCAAACUUUUGUAGACUUUGAAGCUGAGAAUGUUGAUGACACAGCCACCGGUACAGAUUUCACCUCGGGUCAAAAAGGUAUAGAUUCCAUUCCUAAGACAGUGGGUCACAGCUCUCAUAAAAUGACUUCAGUCAACAAACUAGAGAGCACCGAUGGCAUUUUUGAUCCAACAGUGAUUAGAGAGUAUGAGGAGGAUGACAGCACUGCUGAUGAGUUGUGUGUAAAGUAUGAACCUUUUGAUACAGCUGCUCUUGCUCAUGAAACAAAUACAGAUAAUGGAUUUAAGACUGUAGGUGACAUUACAAAUAAGGCAUGUGUGGUGGAUAAUACAGAUACCACGUCUGAUCAAAUAACUAUAGAGAGCCCUUGUGUUGUUGGAGUUAGAAUAACUGAUGAGGCCUAUAGCAACACAAGUAGUUUCUCAAAAUAUUUAGAAAUGAGUACAGAUACAGUCCCUUUUUAUGUAGCUAGAAGUAGGAAUGACACUGAAAAUUUCAGCAACCUCACUGCUUGCUCAGAUAUUUAUGCUGAGAGUAUUUCAUCUAGUUUCAUAGAGUCAACAGGAAAGUUGAUAGAGAGCUCCUCAGAUUGUGCCUCGUCCUUGCCUGUAAAGAAGAUUCCUGGUACUAAUUGUACCACCUCUUUGGACUCUGAAUUCAGUAUGUUAAAUGGGACAAAAGUACUUUCAGAUAGUGCCUUAGGCAAUGAUUUAGAUUGUACUGGUGAUAUAACAGAGGCAUUGCAUGAACCCAAAACUGCUGAAGAGUUCAAAACAGAAGAGGAAGAUGACUCAGAGAAUAUAGAAUUUGGUAUAUCCUUUCCUGAUGUAGAACCAGUUUCUGUAGAGACAUCUAUGGAACCAAAAGCAACGGAAACUUCUCACAUGGAGGAAAGUGCUGCUACUGAGGAGAGCUGGGAGUCCAUGUUUAAUGAUGAUGGUGACUGCCUGGAUCCACGUCUUCUACAAGAGUUAUCAGGGAAUAUGAAGAAUACAAAAAGCAUCCAGGAACCUAGAUUUGAUUAUUACAACAGUGAAGUUCCUGACAUUGACCUCAGUGAUUGUGAAUUCCCAAAUGUCAUUGAAAUUUAUGACUUCCCUCAAGAAUUUCGUACUGAAGACCUUCUACGAGUUUUCUGCAGUUAUCAGAAGAAAGGAUUUGAUAUUAAAUGGGUGGAUGAUACACAUGCCCUUGGAGUAUUCUCCAGUCCAAUUACAGCUCGUGAUGCUCUGGGUAGUAAGCAUACCAUGGUGAAGAUCCGGCCCUUGUCACAGGCCACAAGAGCAGCCAAGGCCAAAGCUAGAGCUUAUGCUGAGUUCCUCCAGCCAGCCAAGGAGCGUCCUGAGACUUCUGCAGCCCUAGCUAGAAGGCUAGUCAUCAAUGCCCUUGGGGUUCGAAGUAAGCAGAGCAAAACUGACCGGGAAGCAGAGCUCAAGAAACUGCAAGAAGCCCGAGAGAGAAAACGGAUGGAAGCCAAGCAACGAGAAGACAUUUGGGAAGGCAGAGACCAAUCUGCAGUUUGAACAUCACUCAAUGAAAGGGAUAAUUCCAUGAAUUCAGAAAAUAUUUCCAGUUUCGGAUAAGAGGAUCUUUCCAGAGCUCUGUGAACAUGCAGAUGUGCAUGUUAAUGAAAGAAAGAGAUAAAGUGAUCAAGGCAAGGACUGACUGGUGUAGAAAGAAGACAGACUCCUGUCUAUCUUCAUUCCUGAAUGCAGUUCUUUGGAAUUGCCUUACUGUAUUGGGCAUUGAAGGGAGCCAUCAGCUUGGAAGAAACUUGGAAAAUGUGACUUCUAGGAGUUCUCUGGACAGGGCAUGCCAUGUUAGCAUGGGUCACAGGAUGUUUUAAGGAAAUAUGAAACAGAGGAUUCAAACCUGUGAUGAUGGGAGAUUUAGGCCCUGUAAAACCAGGGUGUUCUUUAGUACCUCACAAAGCUGAGAACAGCAAUAUUGAGGGGAGGGGAGGGAGCAGCUAGUACAAAGAUACAGAACAGUAUCAGGUGUACUUGGGAUUCACAGAAUCUACAUGGCCGGUUCCAGAACUCCCAAAUUAGUGAACUGUAGCAGAUGUGGAUAUUUGGACUUCAGAAUUUGUACUAAGGUAGCUGAGUGCCUGGGGCUUCUCCAGCUGCACAGCAGCCAGGGACAUACCAGCUUCAUUCCUUAUAGGAAGCCAGUCUUGGGAGCUAUAUGCUAGUUCCAGGUUGAGUAGUACUAUCAUGUUUUAAGAGGGAGACAUUAAAGUCCAUUUUAUGACCUAGA